UCGUACAUCUAAGCAGAUUCAGUUUUGUGUGAAAUGGAGCAGUUGUUUGCCGGGGUGCACACUCUGGAGGCCGCCCUGCAGUAAACCGGUCGUGGAUGUCUGACGCGUCCGCCGCUCCGCCGUCUCCUCUGGAGGUUGUCAGCUUCGUUGGGAAAACCGUCGGCGCAGGCGCGGCACUGACAGCUGCUGUCUACUUACUCCGCAAAGUGUGUUUAAUAAUGGCCUGGAAAUCUGGGGGAGCCAGCCACGCAGAGCUGGUCAACAACCUCCGCAAAAAUGGUAUAAUUAAGUCUGACAAGGUCUUCGAAGUGAUGCUUGCCACAGACCGAGCGCAUUUCUCUAGGUGUAAUCCCUACAUGGACUCGCCUCAGUCAAUAGGCUAUCAAGCAACGAUCAGCGCGCCGCACAUGCACGCCUACGCCCUGGAGCUUCUACACGACCAGCUCUACGAGGGAGCCAAAGCUCUGGACGUGGGCUCCGGCAGUGGAAUCCUGUCCGUUUGCUUCGCACGAAUGGUAGGUCCUAAAGGGAAAGUUAUAGGAAUUGAACACAUCAAAGAGCUGGUAGAUGAUUCUAUAAACAAUGUGAAGAAAGAUGACCCCAGUUUGAUAACGUCAGGCCGAGUCAAGCUAGUAGUGGGAGACGGGCGCAUGGGCUACACGGAGGAGGCGCCGUACGACGCCAUCCACGUCGGCGCCGCCGCCCCCAACGUCCCCCAAGCCCUUCUGGACCAGCUGAAGCCCGGCGGCCGGCUCAUUCUGCCCGUCGGCCCGGCAGGAGGGAAUCAGAUGCUGGAGCAGUACGACAAGCUGGAGGACGGCAGCACCAAAAUGAAGCCCUUGAUGGGGGUGAUUUAUGUGCCUUUAACAGACAGAGACAAGCAGUGGUCCAGGUGGAAGUGACUUCCUUCUCCCUCCUCUCCCUCUCUCCUUCUCACAGUGGCAAAGGGAUGAACUUUGAAGAGGACAGCCCAUAAUCCACCUUUACUUUUGAACCUGGAGGAGACUCGGAUGGGGGUCAGUCGACCCUUGACCUUUUGUUCAAAGCGUAACAAAACAUGCUCUUUUUGUUUAACGAUAGAAAACCACACGGACGACAGCGCAGCUCAGCUGCUCAGACUGCUCCACGCUCGGCUCGCGAAGGGAGAGGGGGUUUGGUUUUUGGUUUUUCUUUUCAAGCCUGCAUCUUUGGUUCUGUUUUAUUUCAAAGCUGGAUUUUAGUUUUUUCGUGGUUUCAUCUUUGAAUUGCCGUCAGCCAAUUUUACAGUAUUACGUUACAGCAACGUCGAAGCUGAAUGUGGCCGGAGCGCGACGCUGGGGACAUCUUUAGAAAAUCCACCUAGCUACAGUGUGUGCAUCAUCUAACUGUAGAGCUCCCUGCUAACACAUGAGCUUUCCCCCUGCCAGCAAUAUUAACACUCAGUGGCUGACGCCACCCACACCCUGUUUGACGUGCACACAUAGAACACGCAGAGCAUGGAUCACGGCGAGCCCACAGACACGCUCACAUCCAGGCCCGUGCUUCCACUUGGUGACGUGUUGCUUUCCAUUCAUUUGUGCAGGCUGUUCUGGUGACUGAUAAUAAAUGGAAUAGUCACUGCUUUGCCAAAAUAAACUCCAACAAUAUAAAGCAAAUGAAUGUCUCUGUUCUUGAAAAUGAAAACAUGACAUUUAAUGAAGCACAUUUUAUUUUGGGUGAUGUAAGUGUUGGGUGGUAUUUGGCUUUCACAGUUUCUAGAAUGACAAAUGGAAAUAAAGAGAUGCUUAUGUUUU